GCCACAAUUAUGAAAGAUGUCAAGAGUAGUCAGCAAACUUGACAUAUAACCAAAGAAAAUAAAAUGUAAACUUAUUUAAGAAUAUUCAUAAUUAUUUACAAUUUUGUACAUUUUUUUAAAGUCUCCUUAAAAUGAUGUAAAUUUAUGAAAUAGGAACGCCUGAGCGAAACCUUAUAGCCAUGACAUCGAUCUUCAAAAACAUUCGCUCUGGGAUUCAUCCUCAAGUGAAAUCUAACUAUAGUGUUAUCAUUUUUCAUUCCAAUAGCUUCUAUAGAUGUUUCUCAAAAAAAUGCGGCAAAAAGUGUUCAGAUGAUGACGAUAAGCCCCCACCCAUAAAAUGUCUAAGUCCAUCUUCCGGAGACACUAGCAAUCCUAACACACCAAAUAUGUACGAUUCCCGAAAAUUUGGCCACAAUUUGUCGACGGAUACCAUAGUACCCUGUUUUGAGACCCUACCGGAUAUACCAACUGGAGUUUUCCGGUGCACAACAGGAGAGGUCCUCGGUCGUGGAGCAGGGAAGUGCGCAUACUAUCAAAACCCUGAAUACUUCUCCUUCCAUCACAUGAGCUUCUACGAUUUUAACCUAGCAAUGAGGAGCAUGCGUCGUCCUUGUGCCAAAUUAGGGAGGAAACCAGUUUAAACUAUGCCUACUAUUUACCAUGAAGUCAUACACGGCUGUCAAACUUAGAACUUAGUGACAAUAAUUAGCGGGAAAUUAUAUUUAUGAACAACCGA